AUGGACGAAGAGCACAACCGUCCAUGGACUAGACGAGUUGUAGACAGCUUCAAGAGAGAUCCCCAUGCACAAAUCGUGUAUGCGGUGGAGCCUCAUGCUGGGUUUGAUCACAAAGGCGCUGCUGAGCGAACGGCCAAUUCCGGUCUGAGUCGGAAACUUAAGUCUAGGCAUAUGCAAAUGAUUGCCAUUGGUGGUGCAAUUGGUACUGGUCUUUUUGUCACAUCGGGAGAAGCUCUAUCGACUGGGGGCCCGGCGGCUUUGAUUAUCGCAUUCGGACUUAUUGGUAUCCUCGUCUUUUGCACAGUCCAAGCUCUUGGUGAGCUGGCUGUGUUGUUCCCAGUUGCUGGGUCUUUCUCUGCAUAUUCGACCCGUUUUCUUGACCCCGCAUGGGGUUUCGCGAUGGGCUGGAAUUACGCCAUCCAAUGGCUAGUCGUACUUCCUCUUGAACUCGUUGCCGCCUCGAUCACUCUGACUUAUUGGCCUGGAGCGGCUAACACAAACGAAGCUGCUUGGGUUGUCAUCUUUCUGGUCGUUAUUAUAGCCAUCAACCUUUUCGGUGUUCGUGGUUAUGGUGAAGCGGAGUUCGUGUUCGCUAUUAUCAAAGUGACCGCAGUUAUUGGCUUCAUCAUCCUCGGCAUCGUCCUUGAUUGUGGAGGUGCGGGCGGUGGCUACAUCGGAGGAAGCUAUUGGUACCCCAAUACGGUCAAGCCUAACUACGCCGGCUAUCAGCAAGGACAACCAGCUGGCAGUAUCCUUUCUGGAGCCUUCGCCGAUGGUUUCAAAGGUCUUUGCGCCGUAUUCGUCACUGCAGCUUUUUCUUUCGGUGGAACAGAACUUGUCGGAUUGGCGGCAGCUGAAGCCAGCAACCCGCGAAAGACUCUUCCAACUGCCAUUAAACAAGUUUUCUGGCGCAUUUGCUUGUUCUAUAUGGUUUCCUUGACGCUCGUCUCCUUGCUUGUCCCCUACGGAGAUUCCAGACUUCUCAGUGCCGGUUCCGCAGGUGUGAACGCCAAAGCCUCACCGUUCGUCAUUUCCAUCGAAAAUGCUGGUAUCAGCGUCCUCCCCUCGAUUAUGAAUGCGGUUAUUCUGAUCUCUGUGUUGUCUGUCGGCAACUCCUCCAUUUAUGGUUCGUCUAGAACGCUUGCGGCUUUAGCGGAUCAAGGUCAAGCGCCUCGAAUUCUUGGAUAUGUCGACCGCAAGGGACGUCCUUUGGUAGCAAUUGGUGUUGCAUCCUUAAUUGGAUGCCUCUGCUUUGUUGUCGCUGGAGGUGAAGAGAAAGCUGAAACUGCCCUCAACUGGCUAUACUCUCUGUCUGGAUUGGCGUCAAUCUUUACGUGGGGUUCUAUCUGCUUGGCUCAUAUUCGGUUCCGGAGAGCCUGGAAACUACAAGGCCAUGAGGUUAGCGAGCUCGCAUUCACAUCGCAGGUUGGCGUUCUUGGAUCAUGGGUCGGCUUCAUUUUGAACUGCUUGGUACUCAUCGCCCAGUUUUGGACCGCGGUUUGGCCAAUUGGCUAUGGUGCCAAUGAUCCAACUCCUGAUGACAGAGCUCAGGCGUUCUUCUUGUCAUAUUUGGCCAUGCCGUUUGUUAUCAUACUUUACGUGGGUUACAAGGUAUGGUUCAGAACGCCAUUUAUGCGUGCUCGCGACAUGGAUCUGGUGACGGGGCGGAGAGAGAUAGACACUGCUGUUUUGAUUGAACAGGAUAGGAUUGAGAGAGAGCGGAUGCCCAAAUGGAAACGAUUUUACAAGAUCUUCUGUUAA